AUGCCUUCAUUUUCCAAGAAGUUUUCUGAGGCCAUUCAAAAGAAAAAACACUAUGGCAGGGUGGGCUCUGAAUCUCCGUUCAAUUCUAGGAAUCAGUUAAAUGAAGAAGAUUUGAAAGAAAAUGAUGAAAUACACCAUGUUUCCGAUGAAGAAGAGCUCGUAUCGAGUAGUACUCGCCCUGUAAAUACGAACAAUCAUCGAGCUUUGGAAACACAAUACAGUCCAGCAGUAGAUGGACUAGGUAUACGAAUGUAUGCAUCCCGAAAUGCGGAAAUGGAUAUUGAAGGAGCUCGCAUGAUAGACGAUGCUUCAACACUCAUUGUUGAAUCACCCAAUGAUUUGGGACGUGGAUUUAUUACAAAAGAGUCGUUUUUGCAUACAUCUAUUUCGUCUUCUCGUCAAGUACAUUCUGCAUAUAAUAUGAAAAGCGCGGGCCAAUCCUCGUUCAAGCAAGAAAACCACAAAUCAUUAUCUUCGAAUCAGCUUACGAAAUCUAAUUCUGUAAAUAAUAUUAGCCAGUCUUCGUCGAUAACCUCACUAGCUGGCAUUCUUCCUACUGGAUACACUAUUAAGAAAAAACAAAGUUUUAGACUUUUUCCUUCCAUUACUUUAGGUCGCAGUGAGGAAAACGAUCUUGAAAACAGCGGAAGUGUGUUUUUUGAUUUGGAAAAACCAAAAAAAUCCGAUGAAAAAGACAAAAAGAAACUCAAGAAGAAAAUUUUUGUUUGCAUGUACAGAUCCUCCAUUUUACUCAUUUCUUUCUUUCUGUUAUCAAUUUUUGUAUUUUUUACUGUUUCAGCUGUUAAUUCUGCGGACGAUGAUGGAUAUUACACAAAUGGAAGUCCCACAACGUUGCUAUGGAUAUCGGGACUUGCCAUGCUACUGACACUUUGCAUGAUUUUUGAGCUAGUUGCAAAUGUUGCCAUGGUGAAUGUAUUUAGAAACUGUUUAAAACUACGGAAACCCUCUGAUAUUUUUCAUUAUGAUUCCUAUUUUGCAACUUUAGUGUAUAGAUGUGCAGUUUUUUUGCUCUUCUUCUCACUAUGUUCUAUCAAUUGGAUAUGUUAUUCAUUAUUUUUUGAAAAUAGGGAUCACUUAGCAGGCUGGGUUUCUCUGUACCUUAUGAUUCCCUUGUUUGGAUUUUUAAUUAUUUCUUAUAAGCAGUACUCCACUUUGAGGAGUGACAUUGUUGAUUUUGAGCAUCACGAGGAGCACUUAUUCACAGGCAGAAAUGUGUUGUGUUGCCUUUCUGGAUUUAUUUUAAAAUUUAUUGCUUUCAUUAGUUUUGUUUCAAUAGGAACUAUUAUGAUCCUGUUUACCAUUCAAUCUAUUGCUCUCAUUGAUGACAUGAUGCCAGAACCAGGAAAGAAAUGGGCCAUUACCUUAAAUCAUCAUACUUACAAAGUCCAUAUGUAUUGUGAGGGCAAUGAAAAAACAUCUAACGUGGUAUUGAUUGAUGCUGACAUUGGCAUUGCUUCUCCAUACGAAUAUAUGAAAAAAUUAGUGUCAACACUUGCUUUGAGCGGAUUGCGAGCUUGCGUCAUUGAAAGAGCUGGUUAUGGAUUUUCAGACACUGGACCUUUACCUCGAGAUAUCAACAAUACUGUCAUUGAAGUGGUGAAUGCAGUGUAUGAAUCAAGAAUGCGAGUUCCUUUUCUUUAUAUUGCUCACUCUGCAGCUUCGUUUACUGCUCGAAAAUUAGCAGCAGAGCAUCCCGAACUUUUAUCCGGAAUGCUAUUACUUCAUCCAGCACAUGAAGAUUUGGAGAAGGUCAUGUUGAGACAAGUCAAGAAUUUAACUGAUGCUGAAAUUUUAAAAAGAAAGAGAGACAGAGAUUACAUUGAUGACACCAUUCGAUAUUUAACACCAAUUGCUCUACCAAGACUUUUCAAAUAUUUUCAUGUCGAGUUUUUACUAGAAUACGAGGACCCUUACGAGCUGUAUUAUAUGAACGGGUGGAAAAAUUAUUUCUUUUCCUUACUGAACAUUACAGAGCAGAAUUCAAUCAAUCGAAGAAUUAUUUUCCAAAACAAGUACGCUGGAUGUGUUUGGAGUGAACUGAACCAUUUUCUGACAGACUCUGCAGAUGUUGUGAGAAAUAUGAGGCCCAGUAAUGGAACAACCACCAUUCCUGUUGUGAUUCUCACCGCAGGAAAUCUUCUCUAUGGGGAUUGUGUCUCCAAUCACUACCAAGAAGACAGCCUAAUGUGUGUACAUUUUCACAAGUGGAGAGAGGGAAGGCAACAAGCACUUCUCAAAUUGCAUGAAGAUUUGGCGCAACUAUACAAGGCUGAAUGGUACAUCAUCGAAACGUCAUACGACAUUCCAAUAGACUCUCCUGAAAUUGUCACAAAUUAUGCCAAACGCUUGUUACGGAUGUCAUAA